AUGUAUGGAGAAGGAAACACACAACUCUUGUCGGACGUUUUCACGUUCAUGGCACCGACACGAACAGCUAACUUGACGUCACUACUGUCACUCCAACAGACAACACAACCCCUCGAUACAGUGUUACUCCCAAACGCACCUCCACAACAAGCACUCGAGUCGUUCAGUUAUUUACAAUCACAGAACGCGUUAAUAAGUCCGGAGGAAGUUGCCGAUUAUCAACGACGUGGCGAGUUAAUAGGCGAAGGGUCGUUUGGCAUUGUGUUUCAGUCGUCUUUACCAUCGAAAUAUAAAAACUCCCGGUUCCAAAGAGUCGCCAUUAAAGUAUUAAAAAACCAGCAAAUGACGCCGAACGAGAACGAACAGUUUAUGACCGAAAUGUCAGUGUUAAGUUCUUUGUCACACGACAAUAUCGUCGCGUUCUUUAAAGCGUGCGUGAUUGUACCUUUUCGCGCUAUUCUAACCGAAUACGUCGCAAAUGGGACUCUACGGAGUUAUUUAGAGGCAAACGACAUCACUUUCAAACGUGGACUGGAUAUCAUGAAACAGAUCUCAACGGGGAUGUUAUACCUCCACUCACACAACCCUCCUAUAUUACACUUGGACUUGAAAUCAGAGAAUUUGCUUGUCAGCAGUGAUGGGACGGUCAAGAUAACAGAUUUUGGGUUAUCCUUUUUUAUGAAUGAGAAUGUCUAUCAAAACGCACAGAAAAGAAUGAUAAGAGGAACCCCCGGCUACUGUUCUCCUGAAUCAAUUGAUGUCGUCUGUUUCCACAAACUCCCAUUAGACAAGAAGAUGAAGAGUGAUAUCUACUCAUUUGGUAUUGUAUUCUGGGAAGUCAUCUAUAAAGUCUAUACUAAAAAGUACGCAGCACCGUAUAGCGAGUACCCACAACUCCUGCAAAGGCCACUCGCUUUAAUGAACCAAGUCAGUUCGGACGCAACUAUGCUCAGACCAACUGUACCGCCACAGUGCGACGGUGACGUUUCAAUGCUCAUUCAGACAUGCACUGCGCAACACUACGACAACCGCCCAACGUUCAGAGAAAUUCUCGACGUGCUUGACUCGUUCACGCGAAUCCUUGAAGUGAAGAACACGCCCCUGAUUAAACAGUCGAUUGCUUUAUUGACUCCACGAGAUAAAAUUGCGGUGGGCAAAAAACAAGAGCGGACUGACGUGGUAAUGUUCCGUCCUAUGAGUGAGGAACGUUAUGUGCUUCGUGAGUUUCGAUGUGGUGUGUUACUUUAUAAUGGAGAGAACAGUGUAGUUAAUAACAAGAUUGGGAUGGUCAAAAUAGUCAUUGAGACAAAGUUCAAAUUCUCGAUACAAAUCAAAUUCAAAGACAACGAACAAAUUGUGCGUGUAGAAAUUCCGUGGUUUUGUUUGAAGAGUGUUGGGAUGGAUUGUGAGAACGGGAGUUGGGUAGGGCUGUUGCAAAUGAAUGGGAAAUGUCUAUGGAGUGUUGGAGGAAAGGAUAUUGGGAAGGGGAUACCUUUUGAUCAAUUUGAGUUGAGUCUUGGGAAUGAAUUAAUGAACUUCAUCGAAGCACUUGGGAACAUUGCGUCUGUCAAAGACGCGCCAGGGAAACAUAUUAUUAAUGUAUUGAAUACCACAAAGGUUAUUUCAUUUCAGAAGGUUAAACAGACUGACUGCAAGCGCAGAUUAUUCCAGAAUUAA